UUAUCUGACGUGGAUUGUCGAAGUGUCGCUCGAUUUGUCGACAACAGGGAAAGGCGAAUAACCAAACCAAAAACUUUAGUGUUAAAUUCAACAUAAAACUAUUAAAUUAUCAAAAUGUUGGACAGUUUAUUUGAUGAUGUUAAGCGCAUGAACAAGCGACAGUUCAUUUAUCAAGUUUUAAGUUUUGGUAUGAUAGUUUCGUCCGCUCUGAUGAUAUGGAAAGGUUUGAUGGUUGUAACUGGCAGUGAAAGUCCUAUUGUAGUGGUACUUUCUGGCAGUAUGGAGCCAGCAUUUCACAGAGGAGAUCUCUUAUUCUUGACGAACUAUCCUGAAGAACCUGUACGAGUUGGAGAAAUCGUUGUCUUCAAAGUUGAAGGAAGAGACAUUCCUAUUGUUCAUAGGGUUUUGAAACUUCAUGAAAAGAACAACGGCACUGUAAAGUUCCUAACCAAAGGUGAUAACAACAGUGUUGACGAUCGAGGUUUAUACGCACAAGGUCAGCUCUGGCUCACCAAAAAAGACGUAGUCGGCCGUGCAAGAGGGUUUUUGCCUUAUGUGGGCAUGGUUACUAUUUAUAUGAACGAAUAUCCAAAGUUUAAGUUUGCUGUUCUGGCAUGUUUAGCAAUUUACGUGCUAGUACACCGAGAGUGACCACCAUACAUGAUGAGAAGCGUUGUUAAAAAUGCUGUAUGCUCCUUGGAUGAGUUAUAUUGGCGUUGUGGAUGUAAUUUUAUGAUUAAAUGAAGUUCUCUCUAGUUUAAAAAA